AUGCCAGAUCCAAGCUGCGACUUGCUACACUUAGUGAAUGUAGUGUUCUGCGCCGUCCCAGUAGAGCUGGUACCAAACGACAUCUUUUCCGCAACCCCAUUGGAUAUAGUUCGUUUUCUGAUUUGGAAGAAUGUAAAAGAAAAGACUUGUGUACAUGUAUUACACUGCCCUAACCGUGGUUCCAAGGCUGCGUCUGACUGUGGAUGCCCUGUGUAUCUCGCAGCGGGUACGGUUGAUUAAUUGAUUGGGAAGUUGCGGGCACUGUUCAAUGAAAGCGAUCGAUCUGGUGAUUGGAAUGAUACUUAAGGUUUUGGGAAUCCUGCGGCGUCUAGUUUGGUUCGUAAGUAUCUCAAACUUGUCAAGGAGGAACAAGCGAGGGCUGGUGUCACUCCCACUCAAGCUACGCCGCUGUUUGUGGACAAAUUAGCUCGAUUGGUGGACUACUGGAAUCAUCAGAUUGAGGGAUGUGCGAAUGUAAAAUUGUACACAGUAGCAGCUAUAGAGAGUUAUAUAUCCGUGACUCGAGCAAUGAAAGUUGAUACUACUGAUGGUCACCUUUUUCCGCCCGACUAA